CUAGCACCUAGCACUCAAAUCUAGCACUUAGCACUGUAUGCGAACGACAGACGCUGUUUGUGGACCGCCCACGAGGGUGCGCCAAUGCAACAAGUUAGACACUCACAUACUCUACCGAAGAAGAAGAAGAAGAAGAAGAAGAAGAAAAAGGUAGCAGGUGCCAGGGGGCCUGCUUCUUAUCAGUUGUUCGUGACCCUCUCCGGUAAAGUAACAGGAUGGCCCAGUGGGGUGUCAUACUCACAGUAAUCGCCGCUCUCGGGGGAGCAGCGCUCCUAGCCUCCGUGCACAAGAUUGAUGAGGGACACACUGGAGUUUACUACAGGGGAGGGGCUCUCCUGACCAUCACCAGCGGCCCUGGUUUCCAUCUUAUGCUUCCAUUCAUCACCUCCUACAAGUCUGUUCAGACAACACUGCAGACAGACGAGGUGAAGAAUGUACCAUGCGGCACAAGUGGAGGAGUGAUGAUUUACUUUGACCGUAUAGAAGUGGUGAACUACCUUGUUCAAUCAGCAGUGUACGACAUAGUGAGGAACUUCACAGCAGAUUACGACAAAGCUUUGAUAUUCAACAAGGUUCACCAUGAGCUCAACCAGUUCUGCAGUGUUCACUCGCUGCAGGAGGUCUACAUUGGCUUGUUUGACCAAAUCGAUGAAAACCUAAAGUUGACACUACAAGAGGAUCUAACAUCCAUGGCACCGGGACUCAUCAUCCAGGCGGUCCGUGUCACAAAACCCAAUAUCCCAGAGAGCAUUCGCAGGAACUAUGAGCUCAUGGAGAGCGAGAAGACAAAGCUGCUUGUUUCUCAACAGACACAGAAGGUUGUGGAGAAAGAGGCAGAAACCGAAAGGAUCAAAGCUGUGAUAGAGGCUGAGAAAGUUGCCCAAGUGGCAGAAAUCAAGUUUGGACAGAAAGUCAUGGAGAAGGAAACUGAAAAAAGGAUCUCUGAAAUCGAAGACGGUGCUUUCCUGGCCCAGCAGAGAGCCAGGGCCGAUGCCGAGUUCUAUACAUCCCAGAGAAUUGCAGAGGCCAAUAAGCUGAAGUUAACACCCGAGUACUUGCAGCUAAUGAAGUACAAGGCCAUCGCAGCCAACAGCAAAAUCUACUUUGGGAACGAAAUACCCCAGAUGUUUGUGGACUCUGGCUCUUCCGGGAGCUCUAUCAAAGCCUCUACAGCCAUGGACAUUGUUGCAGAGCAGAUCCUGGACCUGGAUUAGCAAGGGAAGGGAAGUGUUGGGGUCCACAGGAUCACCCAGCGGUGGAGGACCGUCUGCUGGAGAGCAGGGGCCGGCCCACGGCCUAGCUGGCAACUUCUCCACUCUGACCCGGUGAAGCUCUGCUGACCUGGGCUCGUAUUUCUCAAACUCCUCCCAAUACCUCCUAGUUUUACUAGGAUGUAAUAUUAUCCUAGCUCGAAGCAGACGACUUGAGUUAUUUAAGAAGCUACCUAUGCUUCUACUCUGUUCAGAUAGAGAAUGAGAUUGUCUAGACUCAGUAAAUAUGAAAUAAAACCUAGAUAAAAUAGCAUCACCCGUGGGUGUGUAAUUAGCUCUUUAAAGAUAUAAUAUGCAAUGCUUUUGUCAAAAAAAACAUGUAUAGAUUAAUGCAAAAGUUAUCUCUCUCAAUACUCGGAACCCACUAGAAGGUGUCUGUACCUGCAGAGAACCGGUCCUCUCUCUGACGCAACAUCUUUUACUUUUGGAGAGUCAGAACACUUCUGGCCGUCAACGAGAGCCUUUGGUCCCCACGUGGGUGUGUAAGCCCCCAGCCCAUGAGCCCAGGCGUUCUGAGUUCCAUUUACUGUUUGCCCUUUGCGUCUCAUAACGUGUGUUUGUGUGUGUGUGUGUGUGUGUGUGUGUUGUGUGUGUGUGGUGUUGUGUGUGUGUGUGUGUGUGUGUGUGGUGUGUGUGUGUGUGUGUGUGUGUGUGGUGUGGUGUGUGUGUGUGUGUGUGUGUGUGUGUGUGUGUGUGUGUGUGUGUGUGUGUGUGUGUGUGUGUGUGUGUGUGUGUGUGUGACCUUUUAGGUUGAUGACUGCUGUCGCUUUGAAGCAGAGAUAUUUGUUCAGUUGUGGGGGAGUUACUAUAAUUCAUCUUAAUUAAGCUUUUAGGUGAUAAUCAAUCAAUCAGUUUUUCUUGUUAAAUACAUUGGCCAUUCACUAACCCCUGUCCCCUAGUUACUGUUGCUAUGCCUGUCAAGCUCUGUUCAGUAGACUGCAUUUCUACCGUAUGGCUGUGUGAUCUCAGAGGAAGGAACAAGCUGCUUCUCAUUUCCAGCCAGGCAGCGUCCAUUCUGUCGGCUGAAACAGGUUUUAGGUGCUUUAGCCAGCUAACCAACUAAGCUAACGUUAGCGCUACGUGUUGGUUAAGAAAGUCGUCACCAACUGAGUUUUUAAACAUGUUCCACUGACUAUUUAAAAAAAAAGAAAUUUAAAGAAGGGCUCUUAAGUAUGCAUUUAAUGGCUACAUGUUGUGCUAAAAGUCUAAAGCUAACACUGCACGUCACAGGCAUAAGUCAGCUUCCUCCCUAUGAAUGAUUCAUGUAGAAGACAUGGAAACAAAGCUGGUUGUUAAUA